AUGGCGGCAGGCGGUUAUUCCACUCGCAAUGCAGUAGAGGAUAUCUGGGGCGAGCGGAUGCCCUACGAGCAUGACUGGCCUUCCAGAUGCGAUGAAUACCGCACAGAUGUCCCGGAUCAUUGGGUGCAAAGUGCUUGCGUGAUGUGCAGGUACGGUAUCGAAGGGGUUCCCCAUGGGACUGGUCUAACGUAUGCAUUCUACAGCAAUGGCUGCGGCCUCGACAUUGGCGUUAAGGAUGGGAAAAUGGUCGCCGUUCGUGGUCAGGUGGGUGACAGAGUUAAUCACGGUCGGCUGGGGCCCAAAGGACUAUAUGCGUGGAAGUCCCUGCAACAUCCGGAUCGCUUAAAAUAUCCAAUGGUUCGUCGUCGUGGAAAGUUGGAGCGCUCAACUUGGGAAAGCGCAAUGAAGCUGAUUGUCGAGCGCAUGCAUGCGAUUCAACGACGAUUGACGAACCAUGGCAUCGGCUUCUACACGACUGGCCAGCUCUUCCUAGAGGAGUACUAUGCUUUGGCCCUCCUGGGCAAAGCCGGAUUGAAAACUCUCCAUAUGGAUGGCAAUACUCGGCUUUGCACGGCAACUGCCGCCGCAUCGAUGCGUGAAAGUUUCGGAUCUGAUGGCCAACCAGGCUCAUACAACGACAUCGACUAUGCAGAUUGCAUUAUGCUUGUGGGGCAUAAUAUGAGCGCGACUCAGACGGUCUUAUGGAGCAGGAUUCUUGACAGAUUAGCAGGGCCCAUACCUCCUACACUGAUUGUGAUUGAUCCGCGGAAAACAAACUCGGCGAAAGAAGCACAUCUCCAUCUCGCGCCCAAUAUUGGCACGAACUUGGCGCUUCUGAAUGGCAUCCAACAUUUGCUGUUCAAGAAAGGCUACGUUGACCACGGUUACGUCGCGAAUCAUACAGUUGGCGUGGAUGAGCUCAGGGAGGUGGUCGAGGAGUAUACACCAGAGAUGACCUCAAGUAUCGCGGGCGUUCCUGCGGAGGACGUUAUCCGUUGCGCCGAUAUGCUCGGAAAAUCUAAAGCCUUGCUUUCAACAUGCCUUCAAGGCGUAUACCAAUCAAACCAAGCGACAGCAUCAGCAUGCCAAGUCAACAACAUCAACCUGCUUCUCGGCCAUAUAGGGAAGCCAGGUGCCGGGGUGCUUCAAAUGAAUGGCCAGCCGACCGCGCAGAAUAACCGCGAAGCCGGUUGUGAUGGCGAGUACCCCGGCUUCCGGAACUUCAGUAACGAAGCACACAUGAUGGAACUGGCUGGCCUAUGGAACAUUGACCACAAAGUUCUACCUCACUGGGGUGAACCAACACAUAUCGAAAACAUGCUCAAGUUCAUCAAGCAAGGCUCGAUGGAGAUGAUGUGGAUUAGUGGAACGAAUCCUAUGGUCAGCCUACCGAACCUGCCUAUGGUCCGGGACCUCUUGACAAAAGAGGAACUCUUUGUCGUAGUCCAAGACAUCUUCCCGACCGAGACAACAGCGAUUGCAGACGUUGUUUUGCCGGUUGCCGCAUGGGGAGAGAAGACCGGCUGUUUCACAAAUGCUGAUAGAACGGUCCACUUAUCCCUGAAAGCGGUUAACCCACCUGGUGAAGCUAAAUCCGAUUUUGAUAUCUUUUGCGACCUCUCCAGACGCAUGGAUUUCCGAGACAGGGACGGCAAGCCUUUGAUACCUUGGACCGACCCGUCUGAAGCCUUCGAGGCUUGGAAGAGAGUGUCUAAAGGAAGGCCCUGCGAUUACUCUGGUAUAACCUACGAGAAAUUGCGAGGUGUAUCUGGCAUUCAGUGGCCGUGCAAUGAGGAGUAUCCCAUCGGAAAAGAGAGACUGUUCGACGAUGGCAAAUUCUUCACAGACAUAGAUUACUGCCAGAGCUUUACACAUGAUCUGGAGACUGGAGUCCCAUUGAACAAGGGUCAAUACAAGAAUCUCAACCCCGCAGGCCGAGCUAUUCUGAAGGCAUGCCACUAUGUACCCGAGACGGAACCUACUGGCAGGACCAAAGAAUUGCAGGACCUAGAGCCCGAGCCUUUUAUUCAAGUAUCGGAGCAUGAUGCGAAGGAGCUGGGUGUGACCGAGGGCGAGGUCGUGCUCGUUGAGUCCAGGCGUGGAAAGGUUGAAGUUCCGGUGCGAGUCGACAAGAUUGUCGAGAAGCAGGUUUUCCUUCCAUUCCAUUACGGCUAUUUUGAUAGUAAAGAUGGCCGAGCCCGAGCAGCAAAUGAGCUAACGAGAGAACAGUGGGACGUGGUUUCCAAGCAACCCAUGUUCAAAUCUGGCGCGGUACGCAUAAUCAAAAUCCCGCCACAGCAAAACGAUGUCGGAGAAGUCAAGAUCCACGCUAGAGUUCCCAUGGACGAGACGGCACAGCGGAUUGAGAGGAAAACCCGUCAUUUGGUCGAGAGCGGUCAAGUCCAUGAUGAGGAGCACCGCGAGCGAUUCCUAGAAUACUGGCUGGGAGACACCUUCUCGUCUAUCGAAACCCUGCUCGAUAUCUGCGACCAUGUCAUCCCGCGAGUGCAGGGUGCGGAUGCGGAGAUGAGCAGUGCAGUGGGAAUCGUACACAGGAUCACACAAUCUUGCCUUCGCAAGCUGAAACCGAUUACGGACAAAUAUACCACCGAUCUGAAAUUUGGGCAUGAAAUAUCGGUGGCGUUGAAGAACAUGCUAUUUCCGGACACCAUCACUGGCGGACUUUCAGGCUCGCCUGCGUACGACUGCUUGGUCGCCCUGCAAGGGUUCGCUCUCUUUGUAGCCCAUAUAGAGGCUCGUGCUAUUGCGCUAGUGCCAUCAAGCCAGGCGAUUUGGGACCCUCAGUUCAUGGACGCGAUCAAGCAUGUUCUUAAACAGUGCGAUAGAAUGAAAGCACUGGUGGAGCACCAAAUGAAGAGUAGAGCACCACAGACGCUGUUGGUACCAUCGCGGCAUGCAGUGGGACUGAGGGAGAAGUUUGAGAAGCGGAUGAAAUUAGGAAAUGAAUUGCAAGAGAGCAAAGAGGAUGGCGCAUAA